GUUUCUGCUGUCCUGACGCACAAACACAUUCACAAUUCAAGUAUUUCAUUGUUGACAAAUGUGAGCUACUCUGGCAAAUUACUCAUCUGGUUUUCAUUUUCCUAUCCCCAUGGCUGUCUCACCGGUGCUAGCAAACUCAUUUCAACCCGUUUGUUGUUCCCGCGCAACCCGACCCAUAAAGAAUUCAAAGCCCACCACUGCAACCAAGUUCGCGCCGCCGCCGCAAAGAGUCUCAGCUCCAAUCUCUUCCAACAUUGCUCAGAAAUGCGGCGAAGCUUUAAUCAAGCCCGCGAACGUUUCCAGGCGAACUUCGAAGGGUUUAUCGGCCUCGAAGGAAGAGCGUGAAUCCGCCAUUGUUGAUAUUCAGAAUUCUUCUGACCUGGCAUCUGCUCUUUCUAGGUUGAGUAAUUUCUUGGAAUGUGGACUUUGCUCCUCCUUGGUUUUUCUCAUUUUUUUGGGAUAUGCAAUUGUGAAAGAAAGAAACUCUCGGGUGCCAUGCUUGGAAUUUUGCCUCUGCACAGAAGUACUGGAUAGCUUACCUCAUUCUGCUUACAGAUCAGGUGAACUUUUGAGAGCGUCAGAACUGAACGUGGUGUUGCGUCAUUUCGGAAAGCUAAACAGAUGGAAUGAUCUUUCUCAGCUCUUUGAUUGGAUGCGGCAGCAAGACAAAAUUAAUUUUGCAUCUUAUAGCAGUUACAUUAAGUUCAUUGGAUUGGAGUCUAAUUCUUCGAAAGCCAUGGAAAUAUACAAUAGCAUCAAAGAUGAUUCCGUAAAGACCAAUGUCUCUGUCUGUAAUUCUACUCUACAUUGUCUAAUAAAGAGUGGCAAGUUUGAUGGCAGCCUUAAGCUAUUUACUCAAAUGAAGCAAGCUGGGUUGGUACCUGAUAUUGUAACUUACAGUACGCUACUUGCGGGGUGCACCAAAGUGAAAGGUGGUUAUUCUAAGGCAAUGGAAUUGGUUCGCGAAAUGAAGUCUAGGGGGUUGCACAUGGAUGUUGUAGUAUAUGGAACACUUAUAUCUGUUUGCGCUUCAAACAAUCAAUGUGAAGCAGCAGAGAAAUACUUCAAUCAGAUGAAGAGUGAAGGUCAUUCUCCAAAUGUCUUCCACUACAGCUCCUUGCUAAAUUCAUAUGCAGCUGAUGGGAACUAUAGAAAGGCUGAUGAGUUGAUUCAAGAUAUGAGAUCUGCAGGCUUAACUUUAAACAAGGUUAUUUUAACAACCCUGUUGAAGGUUUAUGUUAAAAGUGGCUUGUUUGAGAAAUCAAGAGAACUGUUGGAUGAACUUCAAGCUCUAGGCUAUGCACAAGAUGAGAUGCCGUACUGUUUACUGAUGGAUGGCCUUGGAAAGACUGGGAAACUCACAGAAGCCAAAUCAAUUUUUGAUGAAAUGAGGCAGAGAGAAGUGAAAAAUGAUGGCUACUCCUACAGUAUUAUGAUUUCAGCCCUCUGCCGUAAUGGGCUCCUUGAAGAAGCAAAGCAAUUGGCUUGUGAGUUUGAGACUAAGUACGGCAAGUAUGAUGUGGUCAUUUUGAACUCGAUGCUCUCUGCUUACUGUCGGUCUCGAGAAAUGGAGAAUGUAAUGAGGAUGAUGAAGAAAAUGGACGAGUCAGCCAUUAGUCCUGAUUGGAAUACCUUUCACAUGUUAAUAAAGUAUUUUUGCAAGGAGAAACUGUAUUUACUUGCAUAUCGUACUAUGGAGGACAUGCACAGGAAAGGUCACCAGCCUGACGAGGAUUUGUCUUCUUCAUUGAUUAAUCGUCUUGGUAAAAAUGGUGCUCAUUCAGAAGCAUUUUCAGUGUACACUAUGUUGAGAUAUGGCAAGAGAACAAUAAGAAAAGCCCUUCAUGAGAAGAUUUUACAUAUCUUACUUGCAGGUGGACUUUUUAAAGAUGCUUAUGUAGUGGUCAAGGACAAUGCAAAAUUUAUCUCUCAGCCUGCUAUUAGGAAGUUUGCCACCUCCUUUAUGGAAAAAGGCAAUAUAAACCUGGUAAAUGAUGUGAUCAAGACUAUCCAUAAAUCAGGCUACAAAAUUGAUCAGGGCAUAUUUCACUUGGCUAUUUCUCGUUACAUAGAACAUCCAGAAAAGAAAGAACUACUCUUUCAUUUAUUACAGUGGAUGCCUGGUCAAGGCUUUCCUGUUGACUCCUCCACGAGGGAUCUGAUAGUGAAAAAUUCCCAUUUAUUUGGACGACAUUCUCUAGCGGAAUUAUUGUCUAAGCAUCAUGCUGUUUUGAAGGCAAAUAGAUCACACAAAAGGGAAAACUAGCUGAAUUUGAGCCGUCAGCUCUGGUAUUUAUUAGGAUUGGGAAGUGUAUUGAUUGGGUAAAUUAUCUACAUUGGACGAAAUUUUGGAUAGGAUUUAUUAGACGUCCUUCCAAGAUAACGUGCAAGAAUCCCUGCUGAAAUAUACGGUUGCUCCAGUUAACAGAAUACAUUUUGUAUACGACCUGCAAAAAGAUGCUGAAGAGUGAAGACACCGUGGGCUAUUUUUGAAUAACAUUUAAACUAUGCAGUUGAUCCUCCUUUUUAUCUAUACUCCUAAAAGAUAACCAUUAGGUCUUAUCAAUGGCCUUGAUGGAAAGUCUUACACACAAUUUUCUCCUGAUCCUGGAUAAAAAUAAAAUAAAAUAAAAUAAUUAUCUACCAUUUGAUUUGCUUUCUGCUAAAGAUAUCCUCGAACUUAUAAUCCCUCAUUCAAUAAAACUAGGCAACCAACAUGCACCAGGUCUGUAUCUAAUGAUAGGAAAUAUCUGGGAUCCUAACAGGAUACGAAUCUAUCUCAUCCAACCACACAUUCCUCGAAUCCGGUUCGAUCUUCGAGACACACUCCCAAACAGCACUAUUGCACUUGAACCCACUCCCGAAUGCAAUUUGCCACACCCUAUCCCCCCUUUUGACCCUACCCUUUGCCUCCAGAUAACUCAACUCGUACCAAACCGAAGAAGAAGACGUAUUUCCAAAUCUAUACAGUGUCAUCCUCGAAGCCUCCACAUCCUCCUCCUUCAACCUCAGCCGCCCCUCGACUGCAUCAAUCACCGCCCGCCCGCCCGCGUGUAUGCAGAAAUGCUCGAAGGCCUUCUUGAAAUCCGACAAACCACGCGUAGAUUAUCUGCUCAGAAACCGGCAAGCAGCGCGGGCCCAGCUCUGUUACAUUCGCUCUCAGUGCAUUUCCCGCAACUCUCAGAAGGGAUUUGGACAGCGAGACUCCGGUAUUCCCAGCAUCGUCCGUUUUCUGAAAAACCGAGCUGUAGGACUCGUCGUCCGAGCCCAUAUGGGUUCUGAUCAGGUGUUUUAGCCUGUACUUGGCCCGGGCCCGAUCUUUUUUCCUGUUGGACAGUAAAACUGCUGCACCUCCCAUUCUGAACAGUACAUUCGCCAGUAACAUCGACUUUUCGUUGCCUGGAUAGCCGCUAGAGGUCACGGCCUCCAUGCUGAGGACGAGAGCCCAAGCGUCCUUCCGGGCCGACCUCAGGAGGUCUCGGGCCAGCCCAACUGCCACGAGGCCCGCGCUGCAGCCCAUGCCGCUGAGGCUUGCGCUUUUCACGUCCUCUCGAAAUCCGAACUCGUUUAUCAGCAUGGAGGUGAUGGAGGGAGUCGGGCAGAAGAUGCUGCAGUUUGAAACUAGGAUGUCGAUGUCUUUUGGGUUCAGUUUGUGUUUUUCGAUGAGGGCUUUGACUACGGCGAAAAGGACUGUUUGGACUUCGAGUCUUGUGUGGGGGAGGGAAUUAUAUGGUGGGAUGUGGUGCACUGCAAGGGGCAAGCAGGUCUGUGGGCCGAUGCCCGAACGCUCUAUCACUUUGGUGAGGAAGUCGAUGCCGUCCCUCGAGACGUGGCUGCAUAUGUUGAAAUGCUCGAUGAAUGUGGCAGUCGAGACGCGGAGGUGAGGUGGAGGCUUGUAGCAGGAGAAGUCUAUGAGGUAGAUGGGCCGGGAUUUGGAGGAGAGGAAGUAGACGAGUGAGAGAAAGGCGAUUAUGGGUAUGAGGAGGUAAGGGGAGGGGAGGGUGGUGUUUGCCAUUGUUGGAAGUGUGUAUGUUAUCCUUGGCUUUUCUGUUUGUGUGCAGCUUUUCUUUGUUAAUGGGAGUGCAGUUUGAAAUUGAUGGGGGAAGUGAGACUCCUGAUUUUGAGGUCACGUAUUUUGCAUGUUGGACCUCAGUUGUCAUGCAAUUCUCCUUCUUUUGUGGUGAAAAUUUGCUUCAAGCAAUCAAAUACUUGUGCUCUUUCCUCUCAAAACUAACUUUACAAACUUUUAACGAAGAUGAGGCUUGUUUGUUUUAUUUAUUUGUAGCUGGCAUCUAACAUACAUACAUUAGUUUGUUUGGCUGCUUGCUCAUUCUUGUCCUUUAUUUGUUGAGUCGUCCUUGUUUGUGUUUGAUUCUCUACUCGAACUGGGCUGACCCAAAUAGCAAUUUUAUUUUAUUUUUUUCUCUUUUUAUGUCCCGAAUAGCCAACUUCUACUCUAUAGUCUACAGUUCCAACAAAAAUUUGUAGCACUUAAUAUAUGC